AUGUUCCGGGCGAAGAAACUGGAUCUAGGAUGCUUUGUUAACAUCAAGGUCAUCCGCGAUCAUACCAAGAGGAAGGUCUUCGCAGAGCACGAAACGGAAAGACAGGCUUUACGAUACAUAAUCCGCAACAUGAGCCUCCCUCAGCGAACCCGCGUCCAGGCGCAAGUCCAAUUGUCGCAAAUGCACUGCUACACCAGACCUACACAAAUUCGAAACCGAUGCAUCGAGGGUGGAAAGGGAAGAGGUGUGCUACGGGAUUUCAAGAUGACAAGAUACAACUUUCGAGUGAAUGCUCUAGCGGGACUUAUACCAGGUGUUAAGAAAGCCAGUUGGUAA